AUGGCUGCAGACCGUCGCCACCUCUUUGUGGCUGGCCUCGCUGACGAGGUUGAUGAAGAGGUGCUCCGCGCUGCGUUUAUCCCGUUCGGACCUGUGCUCUCUGUGGAGCUCCCCGACGAUGCGGCGACGCAGAAGCAUCGUGGCUUUGGCUUUGUUCAGUUUGAGGACGCCGAGGACGCGGCCGAGGCCAUCGACAACAUGCACAUGGCCGAGCUGUUCGGCUCGGUGCUCAAGGUGAACGUGGCCAAGCCCGAUCGGAGCCGCGGCAAGGGCGGAUCGGGCGCAGUUUGGGAGAGUCAGGCCUACGUCCAGUCGUAUCUGCUCAACCCGGAUGCCAAGCCAGCCGAGCUUGAGGCUGCGAAUGCGGCGCCCAGCACGGAAUGAUGGAGAGGGAGAAGCCCGUAAAGUAGGUGUGUUGGAUGCCGA